AUGACGAAUUCCAGGCCGCAGGCUGCGCCCGCAAGCGUGAGACUGCGGAUGGGUAGCACGAUGCGCUGCGGCAUCAUCAACACCAAUCCAUAUCGUCGGGUCCGCAGGGUGAGUCCAGACCGAUGCCGGGCAGGCGACGCCGCCGAGUUCGAUCGUGGCCAUCAGGGUCUCGCCGACACGAGCUCGCUGCAUCACCUUAUAUGUCAUUUGUCAUGGCGUACAUGGCCAUGCUCCGGCGGGUUGACAUCGUUGGCUCGGCAGCCAUGUAAUACCGGCUACCGCUGUGCUCGGUGGACCGUGGCUUGA